AUGUUCCAGGAUCCACAUCAGACCACUAACCAGGAAAGACCUGCAGGGGGCAGCAGACGCCUCUUCAGUGACGCACUCAGGAGAGACAGAACCUCACAGAGACAGAACCCUCAGAGACAGAACCUCACAGAGACAGAACCCUCAGAGACAGAACCUCACAGAGACAGAACCUCACAGAGACAGAACCCUCAGAGACAGAACCUCACAGAGACAGAACCCUCAGAGACAGAACCUCACAGAGACAGAACCUCACAGAGACAGAACCCUCAGAGACAGAACCUCACAGAGACAGAACCCUCAGAGACAGAACCUCACAGAGACAGAACCCUCAGAGACAGAACCUCACAGAGACAGAACCUCACAGAGACAGAACCCUCAGAGACAGAACCCUCACAGAGACAGAACCCUCAGAGACAGAACCUUACAGAGACAGAACCCUCACAGAAACAGAACUUCUCACAGAGACAGAACCCUCAGAGACAGAACCCUCAGAGAAAGAACCUCACAGAGACAGAACCUCACAGAGACAACCUCACAGAGACAGAACCUCACAGAGACAGAACCUCACAGAGACAGAACCCUCAGAGAAAGAACCUCACAGAGACAGAACCCUCAGAGACAGAACCUUACAGAGACAACCUCACAGAGACAGAACCUCACAGAGACAGAACCUCACAGAGACAGAACCCUCAGAGACAGAACCUCACAGAGACAGAACCCUCACAGAGACAGAACCUCACAGAGACAGAACCUCACAGAGACAGAACCAUCACAGAGACAGAACCUCACAGAGACAGAAUCUCACAGAGACAGAACCAUCACAGAGACAGAACCUCACAGAGACACAACCUCACAGAGACAGAACCAUCACAGAGACAGAACCUCACAGAGACAGAACCUCACAGAGACAGAACCAUCACAGAGACAGAACCUCACAGAGACAGAACCCUCACAGAGACAGAACCCUCACAGAGACAGAACCCUCAGAGACAGAACCUCACAGAGACAGAACCUCACAGAGACAUGGACCUCACAGAGACAUGGUCCUCACAGAGACACAGACCUCACAGAGACAUGGUCCUCACAGAGACAGGGACCUCACAGAGACAUGGUCCUCACAGAGACACAGACCUCACAGAGACACGGUCCUCACAGAGACACAGACCUCACAGAGACAUGGUCCUCACAGAGACACAGACCUCACAGAGACAUGGUCCUCACAGAGACACAGACCUCACAGAGACAUGGACCUCACAGAGACACAGACCUCACAGAGACACGGCCCUCACAGAGACACGGUCCUCACAGAGACACGGACCUCACAGAGACACGGUCCUCACAGAGACACAGACCUCACAGAGACAUGGUCCUCACAGAGACACGGUCCUCACAGAGACAUGGUCCUCACAGAGACACGGACCUCACAGAGACACGGUCCUCACAGAGACAUGGACCUCACAGAGACAGGGUCCUCACAGAGACAUGGACCUCACAGAUACAGGGUCCUCACAGAGACAUGGACCUCACAGAGACAGAACCAUCACAGAGACAGAACCUCACAGAGACAGAACCUCACAGAGACAGAACCAUCACAGAGACAGAACCUCACAGAGACAGAACCCUCACAGAGACAGAACCCUCACAGAGACAGAACCCUCAGAGACAGAACCCUCACAGAGACAGAACCUCACAGAGACAGAACCAUCACAGAGACAGAACCUUCACAGAGACAGAACCCUCACAGAGACAGAACCCUCACAGAGACAGAACCCUCACAGAGACAGAACCAUCACAGAGACAGAACCUCACAGAGACAGAACCAUCACAGAGACAGAACCUCACAGAGACAGAACCUCACAGAGACAGAACCAUCACAGAGACAGAACCUCACAGAGACAGAACCUCACAGAGACAGAACCCUCACAGAGACAGAACCCUCACAGAGACAAAACCUCUCAGAGACAGAACCUCACAGAGACAGAACCAUCACAGAGACAGAACCCUCACACAGAACCCUCACAGAGACAAAACCCUCAGAGACAAAACUCUCAGAGACAGAACCUCACAGAGACAGAACCUCACAGAGACAGAACCCUCAGAGACAGAACCUCACAGAGACAGAACCCUCAGAGACAGAACCCUCACACAAGACAGAACCCUCUGAGACAGAACCCUCUGAGACAGAACCCUCUGAGACAGAACCCUCUGAGACAGAACCCUCUGAGACAGAACCCUCUGAGACAGAACCCUCUGAGACAGAACUCACCUUUCCUUCUCUACACUGACACUGACCUGUGGGUGACGCUCACAGACACUGACCUGUGGGUGACGCUCACAGACACAGACACUGACCUGUGGGUGACGCUCACAGACACACUGACCUGUGGGGACACUGACGCGCUCACAGACACUGACCUGUGGGUGACGCUCACAGACACUGACACUGACCUGUGGGUGACGCUCACAGACACAGACACUGACCUGUGGGUGACGCUCACAGACACAGACACUGACCUGUGGGUGACGCUCACAGACACUGACCUGUGGGUGACGCUCACAGACACUGACCUGUGGGUGACGCUCACAGACACUGACACUGACCUACACAACACAGACCUGUGGGUGACGCUCACAGACACAGACACUGACCUGUGGGUGACGCUCACAGACACAGACACUGACCUGUGGGUGACGCUCACAGACACAGACACUGACCUGUGGGUGACGCUCACAGACACUGACCUGUGGGUGACGCUCACAGACACUGACCUACACAGACACGCUGACACUGACCUGUGGGUGACGCUCACAGACACUGACCUGUGGGUGACGCUCACAGACACAGACACUGACCUGUGGGUGACGCUCACAGACACAGACACUGACCUGUGGGUGACGCUCACAGACACUGACCUGUGGGUGACGCUCACAGACACAGACACUGACCUGUGGGUGACGCUCACAGACACAGACACUGACCUGUGGGUGACGCUCACAGACACUGACACUGACCUGUGGGUGACGCUCACAGACACAGACACUGACCUGUGGGUGACGCUCACAGACACAGACACUGACCUGUGGGUGACGCUCACAGACACAGACCUGUGGACACACACUGACCCUGUGGACACUGACCUGUGGGUGACGCUCACUGACACUGACCUGUGGGUGACGCUCACAGACACAGACACUGACCUGUGGGUGACGCUCACAGACACUGACCUGUGGGUGACGCUCACAGACACAGACACUGACCUGUGGGUGACGCUCACAGACACAGACACUGACCUGUGGGUGACGCUCACAGACACAGACACAGACCUGUGGACACUGUGGGUGACGCUCACAGACACAGACACUGACCUGUGGGUGAGGCUCACAGACACUGACCUGUGGGUGACGCUCACAGACACUGACCUGUGGGUGAGGCUCACAGACACUGACCUGUGGGUGACGCUCACAGACACUGACCUGUGGGUGACGCUCACAGACACUGACCUGUGGGUGAGGCUCACAGACACUGACCUGUGGGUGACGCUCACAGACACAGACACUGACCUGUGGGUGACGCUCACAGACACUGACCUGUGGGUGACGCUCACAGACACUGACACUGACCUGUGGGUGACGCUCACAGACACUGACCUGUGGGUGACGCUCACAGACACUGACACUGACCUGUGGGUGACGCUCACAGACACAGACACAGACCUGUGGGUGACGCUCACAGACACUGACACUGACCUGUGGGUGACGCUCACAGACACAGACACUGACCCGUGGGUGACGCUCACAGACACUGACCUGUGGGUGACGCUCACAGACACUGACCUGUGGGUGACGCUCACAGACACAGACACUGACCUGUGGGUGACGCUCACAGACACAGACACUGACCUGUGGGUGACGCUCACAGACACUGACCUGUGGGUGACGCUCACAGACACUGACCUGUGGGUGACGCUCACAGACACAGACACUGACCUGUGGGUGACGCUCACAGACACAGACACAGACCUGUGGGUGAGGCUCACAGACACUGACCUGUGGGUGACGCUCACAGACACUGACCUGUGGGUGACGCUCACAGACACUGACACCUACACAGACACUGACCUGUGGGUGACGCUCACAGACACAGACACUGACCUGUGGGUGACGCUCACAGACACAGACACUGACCUGUGGGUGACGCUCACAGACACUGACCUGUGGGUGACGCUCACAGACACUGACCUGUGGGUGACGCUCACAGACACUGACACUGACCUGUGGGUGACGCUCACAGACACUGACCUGUGGGUGACGCUCACAGACACAGACACUGACCUGUGGGUGACGCUCACAGACACAGACACUGACCUGUGGGUGACGCUCACAGACACAGACACUGACCUGUGGGUGACGCUCACAGACACUGACCUGUGGGUGACGCUCACAGACACUGACCUGUGGGUGACGCUCACAGACACAGACACUGACCUGUGGGUGACGCUCACAGACACUGACACUGACCUGUGGGUGACGCUCACAGACACAGACACUGACCUGUGGGUGACGCUCACAGACACAGACACUGACCUGUGGGUGACGCUCACAGACACUGACACUGACCUGUGGGUGACGCUCACAGACACUGACACUGACCUGUGGGUGACGCUCACAGACACAGACACUGACCUGUGGGUGACGCUCACAGACACAGACCUGUGGGUGACGCUCACAGACACUGACACUGACCUGUGGGUGACGCUCACAGACACUGACACUGACCUGUGGGUGACGCUCACAGACACUGACCUGUGGGUGACGCUCACAGACACAGACACUGACCUGUGGGUGACGCUCACAGACACUGACACAGACACAGACCUGUGGGUGACGCUCACAGACACUGACCUGUGGGUGACGCUCACAGACACUGACCUGUGGGUGACGCUCACAGACACAGACCUGUGGGUGACGCUCACAGACACAGACACUGACCUGUGGGUGACGCUCACAGACACUGACACAGACACAGACCUGUGGGUGACGCUCACAGACACAGACACAGACCUGUGGGUGACGCUCACAGACACUGACCUGUGGGUGACGCUCACAGACACUGACCUGUGGGUGACGCUCACAGACACUGACCUGUGGGUGACGCUCACAGACACAGACACUGACCUGUGGGUGACGCUCACAGACACAGACACUGACCUGUGGGUGACGCUCACAGACACAGACACUGACCUGUGGGUGACGCUCACAGACACAGACACUGACCUGUGGGUGACGCUCACAGACACAGACACUGACCUGUGGGUGACGCUCACAGACACUGACACUGACCUGUGGGUGACGCUCACAGACACUGACACUGACCUGUGGGUGACGCUCACAGACACAGACACUGACCUGUGGGUGACGCUCACAGACACUGACACUGACCUGUGGGUGACGCUCACAGACACUGACACUGACCUGUGGGUGACGCUCACAGACACAGACACUGACCUGUGGGUGACGCUCACAGACACAGACACUGACCUGUGGGUGACGCUCACAGACACUGACCUGUGGGUGACGCUCACAGACACAGACCUGUGGGUGACGCUCACAGACACUGACACUGACCUGUGGGUGACGCUCACAGACACUGACACUGACCUGUGGGUGACGCUCACAGACACAGACACUGACCUGUGGGUGACGCUCACAGACACUGACCUGUGGGUGACGCUCACAGACACAGACACUGACCUGUGGGUGACGCUCACAGACACAGACACUGACCUGUGGGUGACGCUCACAGACACAGACACUGACCUGUGGGUGACGCUCACAGACACAGACACUGACCUGUGGGUGACGCUCACAGACACAGACACAGACCUGUGGGUGACGCUCACAGACACUGACCUGUGGGUGACGCUCACAGACACUGACCUGUGGGUGACGCUCACAGACACUGACUUGUGGGUGACGCUCACAGACACUGACCUGUGGGUGACGCUCACAGACACAGACACUGACCUGUGGGUGACGCUCACAGACACAGACACUGACCUGUGGGUGACGCUCACAGACACAGACACUGACCUGUGGGUGACGCUCACAGACACAGACACUGACCUGUGGGUGACGCUCACAGACACAGACACUGACCUGUGGGUGACGCUCACAGACACUGACACUGACCUGUGGGUGACGCUCACAGACACUGACACUGACCUGUGGGUGACGCUCACAGACACAGACACUGACCUGUGGGUGACGCUCACAGACACUGACACUGACCUGUGGGUGACGCUCACAGACACAGACCUGUGGGUGACGCUCACAGACACUGACACUGACCUGUGGGUGACGCUCACAGACACUGACACUGACCUGUGGGUGACGCUCACAGACACAGACACUGACCUGUGGGUGACGCUCACAGACACAGACACUGACCUGUGGGUGACGCUCACAGACACAGACACUGACCUGUGGGUGACGCUCACAGACACAGACACUGACCUGUGGGUGACGCUCACAGACACCGACACUGACCUGUGGGUGACGCUCACAGACACUGACCUGUGGGUGACGCUCACAGACACGGACACUGACCUGUGGGUGACGCUCACAGACACUGACCUGUGGGUGACGCUCACAGACACAGACACUGACCUGUGGACACAGACACAGACCACUGACCUGUGGGUGACGCUCACAGACACAGACACAGACACUGACCUGUGGGUGACGCUCACAGACACAGACACUGACCUGUGGGUGACGCUCACAGACACAGACACUGACCUGUGGGUGACGCUCACAGACACAGACACUGACCUGUGGGUGACGCUCACAGACACAGACACUGACCUGUGGGUGACGCUCACAGACACAGACACUGACCUGUGGGUGACGCUCACAGACACAGACACUGACACUGACCUGUGGGUGACGCUCACAGACACAGACACUGACCUGUGGGUGACGCUCACAGACACAGACACUGACCUGUGGGUGACGCUCACAGACACAGACACUGACCUGUGGGUGACGCUCACAGACACAGACACUGACCUGUGGGUGACGCUCACAGACACAGACACUGACCUGUGGGUCACGCUCACAGACACAGACACUGACCUGUGGGUGACGCUCACAGACACUGACCUGUGGGUGAGGCUCACAGACACUGCUUCAGCACAAUCCUCUUUUGAAUCUUGA